AGCGCUGCCCCCGCGGGCCGCCCGCCGAGAGGAUGCUGGAGAGCGGCUGCAAGGCGGUGAAGGAGGGCGUGCUGGAGAAGCGGAGCGACGGGCUGCUGCAGCUCUGGAAGAAGAAGCGCUGCAUCCUCACCGAGGAGGGGCUGCUCCUCGCGCCCCCCAAGCAGCCGACCCCACCGCAGCAACAGCAGCAGCAGCCGCCGCCGCCGCCCGCGGCGCCGAGCACCGAGCCCACGGCCAAGAUUAAGGAGCUGCACUUCUCCAACAUGAAGACGGUGGACUGCGUGGAGCGGAAGGGCAAGUACGUGUACUUCACGGUGGUGAUGGCCGAGGGCAAGGAGAUCGACUUUCGGUGCGCGCAGGAGCAGGGCUGGAACGCGGCGAUCACGCUGCAGAUGGUGCAGUACAAGAACCGCCAGGCCAUCCUGGCCGUGCGCUCCACCCGCCAGAAGCAGCAGCACCUGGCGCAGCAGCCCCACGGCCCGCGCCUCCGCAGCGCCUCCAACUCCGCCUAGCGCCGGCGGCACCGCGCCCCGCUCCGCUCCGCUCUGCUCCGCCGCACUGCGCGGGGCAGCGCCCGGAGCGGGACCGAGCGCAGCGCCUGGGGCCGGAGCCGGGGACUGAGCCGAGCACGGCCCCUCCGCGCCCCUGAAGCUUUUCAGUCCUUUUAUUUAUGGACCUCGGGACGGAGCCUCGGGUGUGACGGGACUUCGGGGAGACGUGAUGUACUGUAACUUUAUUUUAAUGUAUUUUAUUUAUUAGGUUGUGGGGUUGGUUGGUUGGUUUGUUUUCUGAGGCUUGUUUGCAAGGCAUUUCUGAAUGUAGGCCAUAGCCAAAAAGCAAAGGAAAGAACGAUGUACGUGCUGGCUGCCUAAGGAAGCUCUGUGUAGUUUGGCCACGCACAAUGUGACAAAAAGAGUUCUUCGUUUGUGCCCGAAAUACACUGUAUUCCGCGAACAUGGGACAUGCGAUGUGUGGUUGGAACCCGCACUGCGCGUGGAAACUCUUCUCUCCGACGAGAAGAACAGUUGCAACUUAGGAUUCAAUAAUUUUAUUUCAAAGCAUAUAAACGCGCGGUGGCAAAUGAUGAUGCUCUGUAAAUGCUCGGUUAUUCAAUGAGAGUCACGGGUGGUGGUUGCCGGGAGGUGAAACCCAUCUGAUCGGUACAUGAGAUGGGGGGACCCAGCCCAAUCUCUGUGGUGUGGGGUCACAGCCAGGCUCUGCCUGGCUCUGAGGCUCAUGGGAGAGAUUUAGGAGCAUCCCUUAGUGCUUAGGGCCAUGCUCCGGGCUCUCCACCUUGGUCCUAUUCUCCUGGCAGCAUUUAAAUGUCUUGCAUUAAAGGAGCCCCUAGUUUAAAAUUCGUCCUCUAUAUGUCGUAGUGUUCAAACGGAUGAUUUCGGUCACCGUUCCAUAAGCUGAAAGUUGCUCUGUUGGCAUUUAGAGCUGCCAGAGGCGUGCAGCCUGCCUCUAAAAGCACUGACAAAGCCAUGAAGUUGGAGAACAAAGGCUCAUCCCGUAGGGUUGGUGGGCAGCUGGCCGCAGGGAGCUGCUGGCUCUGGGUGCUGUGUGAGACAGGGCUGCGCUGGGGAGUGGGGAGCAUUGCGGCCUGGCCUCGUUGCAGGCUCAGGGCUGUUAGUGGUAACUGAUGUGUGAGGAGAAUGGCAGCAAGCUCUUUUACGAGUGGUGUGAACAUCAACAACAUCUCUUGAAGCCGUGCAUCCAAGACUUUUUUGUUCGUGUAACUGAGACACGGUUUGACUGUAAAACCCCACAGUCUCAUGGUGCAAGCUGUUCUCUAAGCGCUUAAGGGCAAAACUCUGAGGCGACACUCACAGGGAGAAAUCAGAACCUACUGCUGCCCAAGGUAGUCCUUUAGGGCCCAGUGUGCACCCUCAGCUCCAGCUCAGCCCCGUAAGGAGCACGUGGAGAUCUCUUAUUGUCCUCCUCCUCCACUCCUUGCCACAGAUGUGCAGGUUGCAUCCCUGGACACAAAGACCCAGUGCUAAGUCCUCCCCACCUCUCUGCAGAUGCUCCUCUGUGCUUGGCCCUGUGCUGGCCCUGAAAAUGCUGUAGCCAAGCUGGGGCGGCAGGUUACAGCUGUCCUAACAGAGCUGUCACUUCGGGACUAAUUGAAGUUGAAGGUGCCCUGCAUCUUCUAGGACUAGAAUCGCUGUCUUGGCAAUCAAAAUAGCCAAUUUCUACAUCUCUGUACAUCUGCCAUUAUCGUUCUGCUAAUGCUGGGAUGUUAGAACUGCAAGGGGAUUCUCUAAUGAGCUAGUAGGAGACUUACAAAAUAGGUUGUAAUUUGUAAUUUGGCUUCUCUCUUCAGAGUCAUUAAUUACAGUGUACUGAGCAACUAAUCCACCUUUCCAGAUAGACAGACGCAUCGCUGGUAGCUCACCUACUAAAAUAUGUGGUAGCCUACUGAAGAAUAAAUGUAUAUGAUGAAAACUGUUCCUGCGUGAUCAGAGACAUGCGUGUUUCUCUGGCGGAGGCAGGUAGCCGAGUCCUAGGUGGACAUAGACCAUCUGAGUUCCACUGAAGCCCUUGGAUCUGGUGUAAAGCUGAAAUUUCACUGCUCUUCUGGAAAUGUUUGUAGUUUGAAAGCAGAAGAUGACAAUUUCAGUGAUGUAAUUGAGACUGAGGGUUGAAAAAGUAAAGGAAAUUGAAAAUGUCAAGGUGGAUGGUUCAAGGUCAAUGUUGUAUUUCACCUCAGGCUUCCUGUGUUAAGUUGCUUUGAAGGAUGCUCUCCGAAAGCCAUUUGGACUGGCGACUUCACUGACAAACUUUUGCCUGUUGCCAUUACCCACUGCAUUGCCUUUGUGAAAUGCCGGAGUCAGACAGUCACGUCACAGCACCCACUUCGAGCUGUGCCUGUGUCUCAGCCCGAACCAACGGGCCAAGGACAGCCAACGUCUCCUGGCAACUCCGCUCCCUCUGCUGCAAACCAAAGGGAAGCGGAUCGGCUGGGGUCCCCUGGGGACAGCCGCACCGUGUGGCUCGGGCCAGUCCGCGUUAAGGAGGCUGCAUGGUCUGACGUGGUCAGCCCCACCGCUUUCUCAUGCUCUAAAUUCCCCAGUGUUCAUGGCUGAUAGCAGUUUUAGACCAAGAACUGGUUUGAGGUUAUGCUGUGAGAUAGUUGUUUUUUUUGGCUUCCCUCUGUUCCACUGCACAGUCUUCACUGGAGCUGUGCAGUUAAGUACUGUCUGUCAUGCCUCGUAGGAAAAGUCUCUGAUAGCUGUCCCAGAGGAUUGUGCUCUGACUUAACUGGAGCUUCACAAGAAGAGGAGUCAUUAUCCCCUUACAAAAAGGAAAACAAACAAAUGCACACAAACAGUGUAUGGUUGAUGUAAAUUUAUCAAAGAUUAAACAACAAUGCUUGUAUAACACAAACGGGAGAAUGCUUGUUAUAGCUAACAAAAUUGUAGACAAUUGUCAAUCAGAAGGUUGAAACUAUGUCUUUGUUUAAAAAAAAAAAAAAAAAAAGAAGAGUGGCUGAGGGGCAAGAUUCAGCAAGAAAAUUCGAGCUGUGAUGACUGUUCUGUACCAGGAAAAUAUAGAAACUGGGAGAAAAAGGAACAAUCAAAUGGAUGUUGUCCUUGUGGCAUCCUGAAGUAAUUCCUCCCUCUUAAGGUUCACGGUAUGCACGUGCCAGCUUCUGGGUUAUAGCUGCAGCGAUGUACCAAAUGUUUUCCGGCAUAACCCAUUGUGAGCAGAAAUAUCAGUGUCAUCAAAAAACUUUUGUGUAAAUAUGACUCAUAAAUGAUUUCCGAGAGAUGUGAUUUAUUUUUCAUAUUUUUCAAGAUGCAUUCCAUUUCAAAUAAAGAGGUAUCUAUUGAAAAAGUUC